AUUAUUUUGUUCCCUCCUGUUUUGAUCCAAGAAGAGGGCUUAUAUAUUGUGUCAGAUUGAAACGAUAUCAACUUCGCCCAUAUUAUUUUAAGGGAUUAAAUAGAUGUGCCUAUUAACCCACUAAUACGCUUUCGAAGACGAAAAUUAUCCCUUAAAAACUAAAUCACUGCGAAGUGCUUAGUAGCCGAGCUUUAGAACUCAUCAACAGACUGUCUCCUCUCGAGCAACUUUCACGGUGCAUUACCCAGCAGUAAUCACAAUUUUUCUCACAGUAUCACUCCUGUCGGUGAGAAAGGAGGCCUAUGCUCAUAAAUAUAUGUGGCUCAGUCCAUAUGUCAGAAGCAGAACUGGAAGGUUAUUAUUGCAGAGACUUGCUGAAAUUGACAGCCAAGAACUGGAAAAGGAGAAAACAUCAUGGUACAAAUGUGAAAAUGAAGCUUUGUCUGAAGAACUACAAGAUAAGUUUGUAGAGAGCUCACUGGAUCAAGAAACUGAAGCUUUCUUGCAAAACUGCCACGAGAAAGCUGAUGCAGUGUUCUCACAGAUUGGACAUCUUCUGUUCAAAGGGUUCUUUGGUUUCUUUAUGUCUGUAACUACAGCAAAUGGCAUUUUGGAUCGAGGAUCAAUGUUUGUAUUUUCUGAUGCCCAGUUUCAAAGACUCAUGAAUGUAGAUGGAUCAUGGAAGACAGGGACUAUGUUAGACUUAGGAGCUGGUGAUGGCAAAGUAACCAGUGUUAUAAAACAUCACUUUGAUGACAUUUACGCUACAGAGCAGUCUCCAUCUAUGAGGUGGAGACUCCAAGGCAAAGGCUUCAAGUUACUUGAUGAAAGUGAAUGGAUGAUGGUUGACUUCAAGUUUGAUGUGAUUACAUGCCUUAACCUGCUGGAUAGGUGUGAUAAACCUCUCACACUACUCAGUGACAUUAAGAAAACUUUACAUCCACAAACUGGCCGACUGAUUGUUGCUGUUGUUCUUCCAUUUAGACCCCUUGUGGAAUCAGGCACAAAGAUGAUUGAGCCAAGUGAAGUUCUAACAGUUCAUGGAAAUUCAUGGGAAGAACAAGUACAAAGUCUUGUUGAAGAUGUGUUUGAGCCAACUGGAUUUACUGUGGAACUGUUUACAAGAGUUCCAUAUUUAUGUGAAGGUGAUUUGUAUAGGGAUUUUUAUGUUCUUGAUGAUGCUCUGUUUGUUCUCAAAGCAUUUGAAUGAAGCAGCACAAACAUGCCCUUCAAAUUGGGAGAAGGGAAUAAUAUUUCCACAUAAAAUAGCUUUAAUGGCCUAGACAGUUUAUAUGUACAGCUAGAAGAGCAUUUACUUCAAACAUGUACAUUGUUCUCUGUAUAAAGUACAUUUUAGCACUUUUAUUUACAAAAUUACAUUUCUUGCCAAAUGGUUCUAACAGUAACAUUUAUGGUUUUAAAUUAUAUUAAAUUUGAACAACAAAUAGCAACUAUUUCAAUCAAGGAAAUACAAUUUGCAGAUAGCAGUGUUCUAGCAACAGGCUCUUAGAACAUGUUAUUUCAAUUCAUAAGUAACUGACCUGAAAGCGAGCAUUAUAGAGCAGCAAGCCACCAAGGGCCACCCAUUUCUUUUUGCUGCAGCAUCUAUGAGAGUUUGCUCACUGGGUAUAAAUCUCACUUGUUCAAAGGAUUUUAUCCUAUUACAACAUUUUUAUUUUUAGAAACUAAUACAUGCAUUUGAAUAUUUUAGUGAUAUGGUUGUUUGUGAAUAAAAUGCUCCAAGGGUGGAUCUUUCUAAUCCAGUUUUAUUCAAUGCACACAUACCUACUACAGUUAAACAUUCUUUAUAGAUUAUACUAAGUCAGAUAGCUAAACGUAGUUAUGAAUACAUUUGAAAGGAGAAUAAAAUGAUUGGAUACAUGUA